AUGCUCGAGUCACUCAAGGAGAAAUUUUGCUGCAAAUCUCGAACGGAAACCUGCAAUAUCACAAUUGGACAUCUCCUGAAAAAUGGCGUUUCCAACCACCUCUACACCACGAAAUACAGCCUCCUCAAUUUCCUUCCAAAGUUUUUCUACGCACAGUUUACCGAACCUUCAAAUCUUUUCUUUUUGAUUCUUACACUUAUUCAGCUUUACCCGGGAAUUUCACCGUUUGCAUGGCACACAAGUGGAUUUCCGUUGAUUGUAAUCAUCUCAGUGAAUGCGUUGAUCGAAAUUUAUGAAGACAUGAAAAGACGUUUAUCGGAUCAACGAGUUAACAAUACGAAGGUCGAGGCGCUUGAUUUUAAGACGGGUGAAUGGCAAUUUUUAAAGUGGAAAGAUUUGCGAGAGUCACAGCUUGUUCGCUUGGGGAGCGACGACAAGGUGCCGGCUGAUUUGAUCUUGUUAAGCUCAUCGGAACCUGGUGGAAUCAUUUACAUGGAGACCUCGAAUUUGGAUGGAGAAGCAAGUUUAAAGAUUCGUCAGGCCACACCAUACACAUUGGCCGUAGACUCGAUCGAGAGAGUAAAGAUUCUUGUUGAUUCGGAAUCGGAAAUACAUUAUGAGGCUCCGUCUCGUGCAUUGGAUCGAUUCCAGGGUGUCCUCAAGAUCAAGAAGGACAUUCUCCCGAUGACAAGUCGCUGGAGUGACCGAUCUUGUCUAUCCAUUAACGGCGAUGAAAAGUGCGCACAUGUUCCAUUGAGUGCCUCAAAUUUGAUCUUUCGCGGAGCUACAAUUCAGAACACAGAUUGGCUGCUAGGGGUUGUUGUGCACGCUGGUCGAAGCACAAAACUUGCGAAGAACUCAAUCAAGAAAAGCUCGAAAACAUCUAUCAUACAUCGUUUGACAAGUUGGAUGGUCGUGACGCAAAUCGGAUGGCUUUUGUUGAUGUCUGCUCCCAUUGCUUUCUGGUCUAAAACGGGUGAUGAGUCUUGGUUCAAAACUUAUUACGGUGAUGUCGGGGGUGUUCAAUCAACGAUGUUUGGCUUGUUUCUUGCUGAGUUGAUCUUGUUCUCGAAUUUGGUGCCGAUAUCGCUUUAUAUCACAAUUGAGGGAUGUUUAAUGUGGCAAGCUUACUAUCUCGGACAAGACCUCUUCCUGUACGAUGAGACAAGAGAUCAAAGAGUUGAAGUGCGAUCUUUCAAAAUGAUACCGAACUUGGGCAGGGUGAAGUAUGUGUUGUCGGACAAGACGGGCACUCUCACGACGAAUACUAUGUGUUUCAAAUUUUGCUCAAUUGGAGGACAAAAGUAUGGUAAACGAUCUUCUAAAGGAAAAGAAUUCAAUACUGACAAGCUGCUUAAAGAGCUACGGUUGAAUGCAAAAGGAAACUCCAACUCCAUUGAUUUAUUCCUCUUAGCUUGCGCUGUUUGUCAUACGGUUGUUGUUGAUAAGAAAAAAAACGACGCCUCAAAGGAACACGGAGAGACCUCAUUAUCCAAUAUUGUUAGCCUUCGAAUGACAGUACCUGAUUCACCCCAGCCAAAGAAACCACGGGAGUCGAUAUUCCAUGCCUGCUCUCCAGACGAGAAAUGCUUGGUUAAAUUUGCAAAACAGGCUCGUUACGCCUUCACUGCAAGAACUCCCGAUUCGAUCAGCGUCGAAGUGGUGCGUUCUGAU